AUGGAAGCAGCAAAUAUGGAUGCGGGAAAGCAGGGGACGCUAAGGAGGGGCAGAGGCAGGCCCAAAAAACAGGAAAACGAGAAGAAAAGCAACGAGAAAAUUGAUAUAAGAGCGUACUUGCAGAAAGAAGAGGAGAGCAACGAAGCUGGGUUCGCGAAAAGCGACAAAAUCACGCGUUCACCACCGAGAAAGGCUGACGUAAGGGUCAGCAACAAAAAGGAAGAGAAGCAUUGUGAGAUAGUGCAGAGGACAGAGGAUAAUGGGGAGGUCAGCGACGAUGAAGAUGAGGAAACCGAGCAAGAAGAGGAUGACGGGAAAGACGUGGAAGAGGCGCAGGAACCGGAAGGUAAAACAGGCGAGGUCGAUAAGGAAGAAAACGGAGAAAAGAUAGAGAAGAACAAGGAUGGGAAAGGAGGGAGAAAGAGCAACAACAAGAGCACGAAUACGAGAGACGAUGGCAGCAACAGCGAAGGAGAAGAAUUAAAGGAACUACAAAGAAGAAUAAGGAAAAUGGAAGAGCAGAGGAGGAUAGAUGAGCAAGCAGUGGAACAAGCAAAGGAAACGGUGAGAAGGGCAGUUGAGAAGUUUGACGAAAAACUGGCAGAGAUGGAAAAACGAAUGAAAGAAAGGAUGAGAGAGCAAGAAGAGAGGUUAGAGGCGAAAAUGAACAAACCGAAGAGUUACAGUAGAUGUAGGAGGGAGGAAGAAGAAAAGGAGAACGAGAGCGCAGAAAACGAGAGCAACGAGGAACAAGAAAGGGAAGAGACACAGCGACCAGACGACGAUCAGCAAGGAACUAAGGAUAGGAGCAACGCGGAAGGAGGACAAGAGCCAAAAGUAAACAAACCGGACGCAAUGAAAUUAGGAGAGUACGAAUGUGAAAUGAAGGAGAGAAGGAGCAGGAAAAACAACGUAUUUAUUAGAGGAGUAAGGACUUCGGGAAAAAGAUUAAAAGAAGAAAUAGAAGGAAUAAUAUUAGGAACUACAAGGAAACAGUACAAUAUAGAAAAGAUGAAACCCUUAAGGGGAGGAUUACUACUGACCUUCGAACACUUUAGAGAAAAAAUUGAAUUUAUGGAGCAAGUGGCGAACUUUGAAAAAAUAGGAAUAAGAGUAGAAGAAGAGAGAACACCUAGAGAAAUAGAAGUACAGGAAUGGAUUGAAACGAUAGCAGAGCAGGAAAGGAAGAAACAUAACCAAGUGCAAGAGAGAGGGAGAGGAGCAACUGGAGAGGAGAGGGAGGCCACAGCAGGGAAACAGGGAGCAGUACCACGGCAGAGAACAGAACGAGUAGAAGCAACGAUUUCAGAAGAGGAAACCGGUAGUUUGGCAGCACAGGAAGAUGGCAAGGAGAAGGAGGGACCAGCGAGUGGACCAACGGCGGACGAAGAGACCAGCGAGCAACGAGGGGAAACGUGGGUAGAAGGAAGUAAAGAACAAAAUUUAAUCAAAAAAUUGAACAAAAAGUAUAGAUGGGAAAUGAAAGCAGCCGUUAGGAAUAAACAGAGCAAAAAUGAUAGAAAAAAUACAAAAGAAUGGGAUAAGAGGAAAAAUGCUGCAGAUGAUAAAAAAGAUAUACAAAAAUACUUUGAAUGA